CGUCGGUCCUGACUGCGGGUGCGGAUGCAGUUUCUGCAAAACCAGAAGCUGAAUGAAUGCUUUGAGCCUUUGAUAUUUUGCUGUCUCUAGUGCCUGUUGGUGGACUGUCCUGGCAACUAGAGUCUACAGGGAUUGGAUUCCUGCUGCUGAUACACACUGCAAGCUGUAGAACCCUUGAAUAAGAUGACCACCAUCUCUCCAGAUCCUCAGACUCUGGUCUCAAGUGAACCAAAUAAGGUCCUAGGGAUGGAAACUCCUGGGGAUCAAGAAGCUAUCCCGAGAGGAGACAGUGCUGACCCAGAGACUUUCAGACAGAGAUUCAGGUGGUUCUGUUACUCAGAAGUGGCUGGACCCAGAAAAGCCCUAAAUCAGCUCUGGGAUCUCUGCAUGCAGUGGCUGAGACCAGACAUCCACACGAAAGAACAGAUUCUAGAGCUUUUGGUGUUUGAGCAGUUCCUGACCAUUUUGCCUGGGGAGAUGAGGAUUUGGGUAAAGUCUCAACAUCCUGAGAAUAGUGAGGAGGUGGUGACCCUAAUAGAGGAUUUGACCCAAAUGCUUGAAGAGAAGGAAGAUCCAGUCUCUCAAGAGUCUGUUAUUUCCCAAGAGGAGAACCCUGAAGAAAAUAAAAUGGUUUCUGUCCUUCCGAGAACUGAGUCCCGGGAAUCUGUGACAUUCAAGGAUGUGGCAGUGAACUUUUCCAGAGGAGAGUGGAGGAGGCUGGAGCCUUUUCAGAAGGAGCUCUAUAAGGAAGUGCUCCUGGAGAACUUGAAGAACCUAGAGUUUCUGGGCUUUCCAGUUUCCAAAUUAGAUUUGAUUUCCCAGUUUAAGUGGGUUGAACUGCCGUGGCUGCUGGAAAAAGAAGUUUCAAAAGGCUCCAGAUCAGAGUGUGAACCUACAGGUGAAUCGAAGGAAUCCUUUCGAAAUCAAGAUGUUCUUCUGGAUGAAUCAACUUUAGAUAAAAUAAUAGAAAGAUGCCUAAUGAGUGGUAAUUAUGGCUCAAUGGGAGAGUCCCGGAAGCGUGGUAGUAAGGAAUAUUCACAACUCGCAGUCCCACAAAAGAAAUCUCAUGGGAGAGGCAGUAAGGGUGAGGAAUUUGACCCAGAAAAGAGCCCCUUUGGAAGUAAUUUCAGGCAAACCUCGGACAUAAUUAAACAUCUGAGAGUCUACUUAAGGAAGAAAUCUCGGAGGUAUAAUGAAGGCAAGAAGCCCUUUAGUUUUCACUCAGACCUUAUUCUGAACCGCAAAGAACACACUGGAGAAAAGCCACGGAAAUGUAAUGAAGGCAGGAAAGUCUUAGGUCACUCUUCAUCCCUCACCGAACAUCAGAAACAUCAGAAAGUACAUUUUGCGGGGAAGGCCCGGAAGUGCACUAACUGUGGGAUAGCCUUUACACACAGCUCAUCCUUUAAGAAAAAAAAGUCCUCUAUGUGUGAAAAAUGUUGGAAAAUUUUAAAUCGAGAAACAACCUCAGAUAAAGAUGAGGGAGCUGAGAUGGGAGAGAAAACCCAUAAAUGCAGUAAAUGCGGAAAAGCCUUCGGCUAUAGUGCCUCACUGACCAAACACCGGAGAAUUCACACAGGGGAGAAACCCUACAUGUGCAAUGAGUGUGGAAAAGCUUUCAGUGACAGUUCAUCCCUCACGCCGCAUCACAGAACUCAUAGUGGAGAGAAACCCUACAAAUGUGAUGACUGUGGAAAAGCUUUCACCCUGAGUGCCCACCUCAUCAAACACCAGAGAGUUCAUACUGGAGAAAAACCCUAUAAAUGUAAAGAAUGUGGGAGACCCUUCAGUGACAGUUCAUCUCUUAUCCAACAUCAGCGAAUUCAUACUGGAGAAAAACCCUACACGUGUAACAACUGUGGGAAAUCCUUCAGUCACAGCUCGUCCCUUUCCAAACACCAGAGGAUUCAUACUGGAGAGAAACCCUAUAAAUGUGGGGAGUGUGGAAAAGCCUUCAGACAGAAUUCUUGCCUUACUCGACAUCAGAGGAUCCACACUGGAGAAAAACCCUACUUGUGUAACGACUGCGGGAUGACCUUUAGCCAUUUUACAUCUGUCAUUUAUCACCAGAGACUUCAUUCAGGAGAAAAGCCCUACAAGUGUAACCAGUGUGAGAAAGCCUUCCCUACCCACUCACUCCUCAGUCGGCAUCAGAGAAUUCAUACUGGCGUAAAACCUUACAAAUGUAAAGAAUGCGGGAAAUCCUUCAGUCAGAGUUCAUCGCUUAAUGAGCACCACCGUAUUCACACCGGAGAGAAGCCCUAUGAAUGUAGCUACUGUGGAGCAAGCUUCAGCCGGAGCUCGAUCCUUGUAGAACACCUCAAAAUCCACACUGGGAGGAGAGAGUAUGAAUGUAAUGAAUGUGAAAAGACAUUUAAGAGUAACUCAGGCCUCAUCAGACAUCGGGGAUUUCAUUCUGGAGAGUAAUUCUUGAAAUACAGGAAGGUGGGGGGGGGGAUGGGGGUGGAAUCUCAUCAAAUGGUCCCUUAUUAAAACCCUGGGGUGGAAACUACCACAGCGUCAAUUAGUAGCUACAACUUUGAUGGGUUGGCAGCUGGCGAAAAACACUUUCUGCAAUUCACCACUCUUCAGCAAAUCAUAAUUAAGGUUGGUAAAGUCAUGUGGAAAAUGAAGAAAGCAGGAUGAUAUGUGCAAUGAUUCUGAAAGGCCAAAUGCAAAUUUAAAAAGCAAGAGGAGGCUCACGGGACCCACCCAAGAACCUCUACUUCCGGAGAAGCGGCCUUCUUCAUAUAAUCCUUGCUUCUAGCAAGAACUGGGCUUGAGCCAUAACCUGGGUUCUGGGUUCUGUACCCAUUCUGCCAGCCAACUCACUAUAUAACCUUGGGCACAUCAUUUGACGUUUCUAAAUUUUAGUUUCUUUGCUGGUGGAAUGAAGGGGGUGGGGCUCACGACUUCUAAGUUUACCUCUGAUACCCUCUGAAGCUGUGGGAAUAAGCUAAACACGUUUGGUUCAUUGGAAGUUUCAAGUUUCUCUAGUAGGAAAGUACUCAUUUAAGAUUCUGGACUUCUAGCUUAGUGAGAAUGCAGUAUACUCUGAAUGCCUGAUGCUGGAAUCCCAGAAUAUCAACAGGAAGGAGUCGGAGGAGCUCACACGGGUGUGUCUUCAGGGAAUGUUCCCACUGGACAAAGUUCUCCAACCUGUUUUUCCCUCUGGGCUGUGACUGAGGGGAUUAGGAAUCUAGAGGACACAUUGGAGCCAUCUCAGCCAUGAGGGUACCAGUCCUGGGAAAGUAGG